AUGCACCUUCCCUGCGUCCUGAUACUUUUCGCUGCUGUUACCCGUCCAGUGGGUGUUGGUGCUCAUGUAGAGCCGUCGGACGUCGUCACCUCAGAUGGUCAAGUUGAGGUCGUGAGGCAGUUGAGAGUCCAAGAGCAAACACACAGCGAAGAUGCAGAAGAGAGGAUGAAUAGCUUCAACUUGGGCGGAGAAGAGGUGACGUCUUACAUCUUAAGCGAGGCAUCUACAAGUACAAGCAAUUUGGCGGCAAGCCAUGAAAUGGCGGGCGCCAACAUCGCAAAUAUCAAAUCUGGACACGAAACAGGCACAUUCUCAAUAAACGACAGGGUGAAUGACUUUGUGAAACGUGCGAUCGACUUGCGUACAUUAAAGGAAAACUUGGAAGCAAACCAGAAAGAUGUUUAUAUGUUCAACACCGUCUUAAGUGGUUUUGAUAAGGACGAGCUGCCCAAAAUUCUAAGUGAAUUGAACAUUCGCUACGCUAAUAAGGAUAUAGACCCUCGUGAAGUUUUCCAAAAUUAUGAGCUUCAUUUAGCAGGAAUCUCUCUUUUCGAAAAGCCGCAGAUGGAGUACUGGAUCCAAUACCUAUACAUUUAUUGCGAGAAAAGAGACGCUAACUCUAAGGUGUUUGAAUUCGUGCUUGAGACACUACUGAACUUUUAUUCCUUGGAAACUUUGGCGAUCGCUGCAAGCAGGGCCCCAGAUUACGAAGUCGCGUUGAAACUGGGAAAAACAAUUACAAACCACUGGGUAUCACAAGGUAAGACGCCAAAUGAUGUCUUCACUAUGCUCGACCUUGACAAAGGAUUCGACAAUUGUCGAGUAGAUUUUUGGGUAAAUUACUUUACCAGUCACUAUUUUAUGCAAUCCAAAAGACCCAAUUUAUUGGAAUUAAAGAAGGUUUUACGAGAACAACCUUUGGGAGUCUUUUUAAGAUACGCUAAGGUAUCUGAUGUCACUCUUUCUCUAGUAGAAGAAGAGAAAAGUAGUUUGCUAAAAUUCUGGAAAAACUCCAAAAUUCCUAUCAACACUGUGCUUAAGGAGGUGGAUUCGAUAAAGAAAGAAGGUAAGAACACGGUGUAUGGAAGCGCAAUAAUGCAAGCUGCAAUUGAAUAUUAUGCUUUACAUCUGGAGAAGGCCAUCACAGAGGAACCUUGA